GACGUAAGCCUGACGUAGUAGGAAGUGUGCUAACGAUCAUAACAAAAUUGCAGCCAAGCUGCAACUGGCUAAUCGUAGUUACUGUAAGCUAUGGCACCAACAGGCAAAAAUGCAAUGACUUUUCAUUAACACCGAACCUCUAUCUUCUGGAACCGUUGUGGUGUGACGUUUUCAACAUCAAAAACACCGAAGAAGUUAAUUAUAAGUGAUCCUUGAAGACCUGUUCAAUGUCUUCCGGCUGUCCACCUCAAUCACCUGCUGUGGCAAAGUCUGAAGUAGCAGUAGAGGGAGAAUGCCCGCUCCUGGCUGCUACCUUUGCCUACUGGGACAAUAUUCUGGGACCACGGGUGCGCCACAUCUGGGUACCAAAGGGUGACCAGUUGAUGUUCCUCAGCGAUGGAGAAGUAACAUUUUUGGCUAAUCAUACACUCAAUGGGGAGAUUCUGCGUAGCGCAGAGUGCGGUGCCGUGGACGUGAAGUUCUUUGUACUGGCAGAAAAGGGUGUCAUCAUUGUGUCUCUCAUCUUUGAUGGCGAGCUCAAGGGGGAUAAGAACACAUGUGCCUUGUCCAUUAUUCUGCCUCAAACAGAGCUGGCCUUCUACCUGCCCCUGCACACCAUCUGCGUGGAGAGGCUGAAGCACGUUAUCCGCAAGGGACGCAUUUGGAUGCAGAAGGGUUACAAUAUCAUCUCAGUGUUGAGCUUAGAAAUUGUCCCUAUCAUGGAGCUGCUGACCUCUAUGAAGACACACAGUGUACCAGAAGAUAUAGAUAUAAAAGACACGGUGCUAAAUGAUGAUGACAUCGGGGACAGCUGCCACGAGGAUUUCCUACACAAGGCCAUCAGCUCUCAUCUGCAGACGUGUGGCUGUUCAAUCGUGGUUGGAAGCAACCCGGAGAAAAUAAACAAGAUUGUGCGGACUCUCUGCCUCUUUCUCACUCCUGCUGAGAGGAAGUGCUCUCGCCUCUGCAGGGCCGACGACUCCUUCAAGUAUGACACUGGCCUGUUUGUUCAGGGUCUGCUCAAGGACUCGACCGGCAGCUUUGUUCUGCCCUUCCGUCAGGUACUCUACUCGCCCUACCCAACCACACACAUCGACGUGGACAUCAACACAGUGAAACAGAUGCCGCCGUGCCACGAACACACAUACAACCAGCGGCGCUACAUACGUUCUGAGCUAAGCGCACUGUGGAAGACGGAUAGCGAGGACGACAUACCUCCAGAUACAGUCAUUCACACUGACGAAACCUUUACACCUGACCUGAAUAUAUUUCAAGAUGUCAUGCAUAAAGACACUUUGGUCAAGUCAUUUAUAAUUGAGGUGUUCAUGCUGAAGCCAGGCCUGUCCCUGCGGAGCACCUAUCUGGCCCAGUUUCUGCUGCUGCUCCACAGGAAGGCCCUCACUCUGCUCAAGUACAUCGAGGACGAAACGCAAAAAGGGAAGAAGCCAUUUCGGUCUUUGCGCAACUUAAAGACGGAUCUGGAUCUGAUGGUGGAGGGAGACCUGAACAUCGUGAUGGCCUUCGCUGAGAAGCUGAGGGCCGGACUUCACUCGUUUGUGUUCGGGAAACCGUUCUACACGAGCAUGCAGGAGCGAGAUGUACUCACGAGCUUUUAACUUUCACUCGCACUUUGUAUCGUUUUAGGUUGGUGACAUUGUUGCAUGAAAGCAUGCGCGUUGAUGCAAGGCUACCAUCAUGUGCUGUGUCUGUUUCUGCUUGACUGAAAGUAGUCGUCUUCGCCUUCCUUUUACACCUUUAUCACACUGAUUGUUGCUGCUGUUAUGAGCCAUCACAAUUAAACUUUUGUUAUAUUAUCAAGAAUACUGUCAGUAUGUUUUCUGUAGGCUUAUUCUCUGAGGGAUGGAGUAUUAGUGUUUUCUCAUCCUUCUGUUAAUAGAGAAUAUGCAUUAAGUUAUUGUUAGAAUUGGCUUAGGUGUCCACCGGGAUGUUUGCAAUCUAAUUUAAAAUGAUAUUUAUUCAAACAUGAGUUAUUCGUUUCCUCCCUGCCUGCAUCGUGCAACAACCUCUGCUGGCCUUUGAACCUCUGACACUUGCCUUUUUUCUUUUUUUAAUUGUCUUUGUUCAAUUAAUGUGAGCGGUGUUGAUUGCCUGACUUUACAGAAAGGUUAUGUAAUGAAGGCGCCCAUAUUUCAGUAUGGACAAAGACAAAAGCACUGUAAAUUAAAUCUCCUCGUAAUCCCUCCUGACAGACUCGAUAUGUGUGUUUAGUUGCCAUUACUGAAUGCAUUUCCCAGUUGUAUGUAAAAUGGAUUUUUUUCCUUCCACAGUAACUGCCUAGUUAUUGGAUUGUUGGAAAUGCCCAGCUUUACUGCAAGCCUGAAUUUGCUGUGGUCUUAAAAUCUUGUUUGUGUGGCUCUGUAAUAAGCUUACUUGAUGUUGCGCCAUAUUACAUUUUUAUUAUAUUUUUAAUCUUAAACUUUCUUUGUACUUGCAAAUUGGAAUUCUUUUUUUUACUUGUCUAAUUGUACAUUAGCUCAUGAAUAAUAAAUGGUAAAUGGUAAAUUUACCAUGAAUAAUAAAGACAGUAAUAACA